AUGGUCAAUCUCACCACCACCGAGACCAUCCUCGCCGCAUACGAGGCCGUCCCCGCCUCCGCCCGCCAAACCCUCGCUCUGCCCUCCGCGCUCCAACUCGCCGACCCCAUCUCCCACGCCCAGGUGAUUGAGCUCGCACGAUACUUCCGGGCGAACCUCCCCCCUCAAGAAAAUGAUUCCUCGAGUACAACCUCCCAUCCCGAAUCCAAUCCCCGGAGCAAACGAAGCCUAAACACCCUCCUCCGUGGCACGAAGGUCUACAUCCCUCCGCCUCCGCCCAAACCCGAGCCGACAAAAGAAUACCUCGCCCACAAAUCCCGCCUCCUCGCCGCCGCCGAAGCAGACGCCUACAACCGCAUGACCAGUCCCACCCCCCUCCAGCCUUCCGCAUUCAAGAACAACCCGAUCUUCACAUCCAGCACCCCCCUCCUCUCCGCCUUACACGACCACCACUCCGCCUCCCCGGAAUUCGGCGACAAAGAGACCAUCACCCCCUCGCUGGUCUUGAAUAUCUUCCUGUCGGUGCUGAUCACGGGGUUCAGCGUGUUCUGGGCCCUGCAUGUGUGGGUACCUGCCGGGGCUGGGGCGAAGGUGUUGGUCGCGAUGGGGGCGGCGCUGGGCGUGGGCGCGGUCGAGGUGGGCAUUUAUGCGAUUUAUCUGCGGAAGAUGCGCGUGGCGCGGGGAAGGGAGCGGAGGGUGAGGGAGGUUAAGGUCGUGGUGGGGAGGGAGGUGGUUGGUGGUGGUCUUGGUAGGGAUGGUGGUGGUCAGGGUGGGGAUGGGGAGGAUGUUGCUGCUGGGACGGGUGUCAAGGAGGAGAUCUGGGGGAGGGGGGUGAAUGGUGGGGUGAGGAGGAGGGUGAGAGAACGGUGGGAGGAGAAGGAGAAGGAUGCACAGAUGUAG